ACAGUAUUUACACCGAAUGCUGUGGGUUCAGGUGUUAGUGUGUUGUAUGAAUGUCGUCUUGCUUAGCGUGUGUGCAACGUGAAAUUCAACAGAUUUUCUGUGCGUGACCUCAGACUGUUGAAUAGUACCGGUAGUCUGUUCAGUCAUAGCAACAAUGUUAUUAUUUCACAAACCAGUUAAAGCUGUAGCAAAUAUUAUACUCGAGUAGGCGUUUAUUAAAUAUCAACAGCAAAAUGUUUGCGAAAAUCACAGUAAUAACGUUACUUACGAUGGUGGCCAUAUGUUCGAUUGAUGCCGAACAAAUAAAAAAAUAUUCAUUAGUGAUGCCAAACGUGAGACCAAAAAAGAUGGAUCUUUAUUUAUGUACACCUAUCAGAAUAGAUUCUAGUAAAUCAUACUUUAUUGUCGGAUUUGAGCCAAAAGCGUCAGGUCAUACUUCCCAUCAUAUGUUACUAUAUGGAUGUUCAGAUCCCGGAAGUGAUGAUCCGGUAUGGAACUGCGGACAAAUGGCUUCUCCAAAUAGGCGUACACACCCAUACAUGCACUCAAGUCCAUGUAGAUCCGGAUCAAACAUAUUGUAUGCAUGGGCUAGAGAUGCACCUAUACUUAAACUUCCCGAUGGCGUUGGUUUUAAAGUUGGAGGAGAUUCAGAAAUCAACUAUUUGGUGUUACAAGUUCAUUACCACAGGACUUUUGACAAUGAUGAAACUGACAACUCUGGAAUAUAUUUGCAUUACACAGAAAAACAAUUAAAAAAACAAGCUGGUGUAUACUUACUUGCUACUAAUGGAAAAAUUCCUCCACAUUCAAUUGAACAUAUGGAAACUGCGUGUUCAAUGUUUGAGCCUGGAAAAAUCAUACAUCCUUUUGCAUAUAGAACUCAUACUCAUGAACUUGGUAAAGUAGUGACUGGUUACCGAGUGAGAACAGACAAUAAAGGAAUUGAAAAAUGGGAUAUUCUUGGUAAAAGAGAUCCCUUAACUCCACAAAUGUUUUAUCCUAUAGAAAAUAAUGUUACUAUAGAGUUUGGUGACCGACUGGCUGCUAGAUGUACAAUGGAAAAUACAAGAGAUACUGUCACAAAAAUUGGAGCAACUAGUGAUGAUGAAAUGUGUAAUUUUUACUUGAUGUAUUGGGUAGAAGGAACUGAUCCCCUAGAGCAGCCACUCUGUGUUUCUGAAGGUUCUCCUCGGUAUUACUGGAAGAAUGAUCCAUUUUUAACUAAUAUUCCUAAUGAAGAAGCAUCCACACUAUAAUUUAGAAAAUAUUUUUUGUAUUAUUUAAGAGAUCUCUAUGGUUGUAUGUCUAACUUUUUGUUUUCUUCUAAAAAUAUUUAAUAGAAACUAUAACAUUUGCUAAAUGACCAAAGAACAUAAAUGUGUAUAUUAUGGCAUAAAAUAUUUGAAAAACAAUUUAAUUUUGUUUAAAGUUUGCUGUUUGAACAAAAUAAAUCAAUUUUAUGAAUAUACUGAUAUAUUAAAAU